AUGGACCUCAAAUCAGAUGAUAACAGCUAUCCACCUGAUUGUGCCCUUCGGCAAUACCUAAACCUUUUCCAAGAGGCGGUAGCUCGGACUAGAAAGCCCCUUGAUGUAGCGGAGAAGCUCAAAGACAAUCUGAUUAACGAAACGAUGAAGGAACUGGGAUUGAGGAAAGGUGAGACAACUGGUAUAUACGCGGUAGAGGAACUGAAAAAUGGGGAAAUACACGUCUAUAACAUGCAUCAUUUUGUUAUCGCUCGCAGGCCGUUGUAG